AAGUAAGCCUUGCGAGCGCGUACUUUGAAAAGAAAUAGAUAUGGAUAAAACUCAAUAUUCCUUUCCACUGCUCCCAGCUGACCAACUUGUACAGGAUCUUAACAUCAUAGCUGAUUUACCACUGGAGGAGAAGGACUUCAAACAACCAAAUAGCCAGAGAUGGCAGAAGAUUUAUUGUCGUUUGGUGGAGGUUUUAUCGGGAGUGUCUUUUGAGAGUAUUAUACAGCAAGUUUUGUAUGUCAAAGAUGAGAUGGAGUUUCCAGAAUUGUAUGAAGAAGCCACUGAAAUUGUCCUACUUUCCCUUACAUUAAAAAGAAUGUUGUCAUCUUGUGGAAUUGCUGAUUUUUCUCUGAAGGAUGUCAAAGAACCAUCUCCAAACAGAGUUCUAAAGAUCAUGUGUGCUAUUGCCAAUUUUAUAAAGUUUCAACAAGGAAGGAUUCAGGUGUACCAGGACUUGAAGGAAGAAAAUGACAGAUUUCGAGAUCAGUUUGAUCACAUGAUCCAGAAACGAGACAGACUCAAGGCAAAGAUUCAGGAAUUGAAAGCUGAAAAACCAAAGAAUGACCCAGAAUUUGCCAAGAUCCAAGAACAGUUGGAUAUUCUGAAUGACGGAUUACAGGAACGACUCAGGAAACAAUCUGUGAAACAGAAGGCUGCCACGGAGGUCAAGGCCAGACUGGCGGAGAAAAUUGCCAAUAGGGACAAAGUUAAGUUGGCAAUCACACAAGCUGAGGAGGAGGGGCAGAAGCUUAGUCAGAAAAUUGUCCAGUCCCCCGAAAAAGUUAUGGAGGAACAGGAUAUGAUGAAGGUACAUCUGGUGGAGUUACGAGGGAAUCUGGAGAGGAAGAGACAACAGCUGGAGGCCAAGAGACAACAAGUGGAGGAGUUUAAGGUCUCCAUCUCCAACAAUGAAAAAGCUACCAAACUGUUACACAACAUAAAAGUGGAUGUGGACGCAGCAAUAUCCAAGGCCAAUGAUAUCAAGGCAUACAGAGAGAAGACAGUGGACAAGAAAGAUUCCAUGAGAGAUCUGAGGAAGAAGAUUGAGAUAGUGGAGGAGAAUAUUUCAAACAGACAAGAAAAACUCUACAAACUAGCCCUCCAGCAGCAAAACAAGAACAAGGGAAUGCAAGAAACUUUGAAUCAACUUCAAGAGCAACGUUUGUUAAUGAUGCAACACUUCAGUGAUAAGGAGAAAGGUUUAAGGGAGUUGGAGGAGCAAAAACAACAUCUUUUGAAUGUUUUACAAGAAAGGCAGCGAGCACAUGCAGAAAAAGCUAAUGGCAUUAUGGGACUUUACUCAGAGCUUGUUGGAGCAGUGGAUAAAUAUCACACUAAAAUUGGAGUAGGCUGGAACAAAGUGCGAGAUGCUUUCAAUGACUGACAAUUAUGAACAAAGAUGUACAUGUUUAACUCCGCAAAGUACAUGCUUUUGUGAUUUUGAACCAGAGAUACUUGACAGAAAUGUGAAUAUUUCACUACACUACAUGUACUAGUAAAUUAGACUCAUUGUUUAAAGAGAAACUGUUUGCUAGUUUUCCAAUUUUUAAUAACACUUUUUUUUAGUAUAAUAC